AGAUCGGCGCAACAAAGCUCUCCACUUUCCUGCAGGCCGCGUGAGUCUUUUAUCGCCCGUUGCGUAUAAGAAACGGUAAAGCUGCACGUAAACGGGUCAGAUAGUUUCAAUCUUCCAAGACUAAAGCACCGCAGGGUCCGAUCCGACUGCUGGCCGCAUUGAACAUGAACGAAGUUAACAUCCAUCAAUCCUGCAGCGAAAGGAACUGCACAGUGGACGAAGAGAUAGCGGACGCCAUCAUUUGCCCGUGGCUGGAAGAAUACCGGCUGCGGCACUCGGCCCUUAUCGAACGCUGGAAGUUGUGCGGAUUCUUUCAAGACGACGAUUUCUUGGACAUCAACUGCCACUGGCUCCAAUUCGAGCCCGUCCCUCUAGCCAACCAUUUGCUACUCAUUUGCCUAUUCAUUUUCAUCUUGCUGAUCGGCUGUCUGAGCAAUUUCAUCGUCGUCUACAUUUUAGCCAGUUCAAGGCAUCUACGCACGCCAGCUAACAUCAUCAUCAUGAAUUUGGCAGUCAGCGAUUUCCUCAUGCUCAUCAAAAUGCCAGUCUUCCUUUACAAUUCUCUACUACAAGGACCAGCACUCGGUAGUAAAGGUUGUUUAGUGUACGGCUUUAUGAGUGGCUUAACUGGGACAACGUCUAUCAUGUCCCUAGCUGCCAUUGCUAUCGAUCGUUAUCUGGUUAUCAGCCAACCGUUAAACGUCAACCGGAAGCAAACUCGAACAAGGGCUUACGUAACUUCUUGUUGCAUUUGGUUUUAUUCGGCCAUUUUCGCUUCUUUACCUUUAUUCGGCAUUGGCAAGUACGUGCCAGAAGGUUACCUCACCAGUUGCAGUUUCGAUUACCUUUCGGAGGAUGUCAAAACUCGGAUUUUCAUCUUGGUUUUCUUCGUGGCUGCUUGGGUCGUCCCGUUCUUCACCAUCACUGGCUGUUACAGUGCCAUCGUUUGGUACGUUCGAAAAGCAAGGAUAGAACUCAAUCAUCAACAAUCCUCAACGAGAAACGUGGCAUCAGGUUGGCGUCAGAGCAACAUUGAAGUGGUUAUCGCCAAAAUUGUAUUGGGACUCGUAAUGAUGUGGAUGAUUUCUUGGACGCCGUACGCAAUCGUCGCAUUGCUUGGCAUUUCCGGUAAUCAGAACCGACUUACACCUGGCAUGACGAUGCUCCCGGCUUUAUUCGCUAAAUGCUCGGCUUGUGUCAACCCAAUCGUUUAUACACUGACCCAUCCAAAGAUCAAGAAAGAAAUGGUGCGUCGAUGGUACUGCCUCAUGGCUUCGGGAGCUUCAAAUGGAAACGCUGAUGCAAGUGCCAAUGGAGGUGGACUUUCUACCGGACGCCACGGUCAAGUUUGGCGCCAAAAUUCCACUACGGAUGUCGAAUCGGCCUCGCCGAUGGCAACCCGUCGUUUGAGAAGAUCUUUAUCCAGAAGAAAAGAACUAGUCAACGAAUCGCAAGAUUCAUUUUACAAUCACGAUCAGCUGAUGAUGACUAAUACCCCGCUGCGAGCUGAAAAGGCUCAAGAUAAAACGGGAUCAUCCUUCAAUGAAAAAACGGAGAGCGAUGAAACUUGUCUGUCCAUCCCGGCAGCUAAAACGAACACAGUCGAUGCCAAGAAAGUAAUCGUCGAUUCACUUUGCAAUGACAAUCAACAUAAUUCUUGUCGUCGUCUUCGUUCGGUUGUCUCUAUUAAUGUGUCGUUGAAUAUUAAUCCUCGUGAAACAAUGAAUAAGCGGAAGGAUGACAAACCGGACGUCACGAAUAUUCCCUACAUUGAUGCGGCGAACGACAACGUUUGAAUUGCUGGCUUUCAUUAUUCGUAUCAC